AUGAGCCAACAAUCAUCCCUGGGAAAUAGAAAUCAUGUUAACAAUAAUAUACAGUCGGAGCAACAACAUGUAAAUUCUUCUGGACGUUCUUCUUACCCCGAUAAAAACACAUCGGAUGCCAUUACUCUUAAUGAUUUCUAUUCAUCGUUACACUAUUCGGAACAAACUCUCAAUGAACAGCAAAAACAAAUUUAUAAUAUCAUGGAACGAAUGAAUUAUUGUCAUCAACAAGCAGUUAAAAUUGCAGGAGAUGCAAAAUUGGGCCAAGUCAAUAUUAUUGAGAAAUUGUGUUCAGUGAAUUUAUUAAAAGGCUCUGAAUGUUUGAAACAAUUUGUAUCUUUCAAUGCAGAGGAAAGUCCAACGAGAUUAAAUUCAUCCAAAGCAGAAUAUGGCCAAUUUUAUUAUAAUUUAAUGCAUUGCCAGGACAAGGAUCCAGAAACAAAAAUGAAAUAUCAACAAUUUAUGGAGGAGAGGGAAGAAUUUUCCGGUCUUCACACCAACCCUUUGAAGGAGGUUUUACCUGACGUUUACAAUAAUUUAACAUUGAAAAAUAGGGACGCAUUGAAAGAAGUCUUUUCCAAAGUUGAUUCUAGCAGCGAAGAUCGAGCGCUCCGACUGAAUGACGAGAUUAGAAAACGAUUUGCUCAACCCCAAUAUGAAAAUUUGAGAAAAUGUGCCAAAGAUCGAUACUUUAAAAGAAUCAAUGAAAAUGCAACAGAAUUUGGACUAAGAGAAAAUAAUGCAAAUGAGCUAGCUCACAAAUGCUUUGUUCCUUACAUGGAAUAUUUCACUAGGAUGGGUUCCAUUCUGUGCAGAAGACAAAUUCAAAAUUGUUUAGGCUAUGGUGGAAAAAACGACAUGAAGAACGAGUCAGAGGACAUGCAAGAAGGUACAACUGUCUUUUAUCUACAUUCGUGCAUGAAUGAGCAAGAGUUUGUGGGUCAGUGUUUGAGAUAUCCUGAAAAGUAUUUCAUUCAAAGUUUAGAUGAAUAA